AUGGAAGCUUGGGAUAGAUUGCGUGAUAUAUUCCAGGAUAAUCAACAUUCCCGUGCCGUUGCCCUUGAACAAGAUUUCACCACUGUCUCUAUGGUGCAUUUUCCUAAUAUCUCUGCUUAUUGUCAACGUCUCAAUUCCCUUGCGGAUCAAUUGAAGAACGUUGGCGCACCGGUGUCGGACAGUCGUAUGGUUUUGCAAUUGGUAGGUGGUCUUACAAAACCGUACCGUGGUGUGGGUACGAUAAUCCGGCAAAGCAAUCCUCUUCCUCCUUUCUAUAAGGCUCGGUCUAUGCUUGUUCUUGAAGAGGCCGGGAUGUCUAAGGAAGCAGCCACCGAAUCAGCUAUGGUGAUCACUUCAAAUGAUGACGGUCCGAUUACUUCUGAAAAAUCGGGUCGUUCUAAGGGGAAGCAAGGUGUGCAGCACUCUGGUGGUCGCCGCAACAACGGUGGCCGGAAGAAAAACAAUUCCGGUGGUGACGGACGCGACUCCGGCAGCGGCAAAGGUGGUGGCAGGGGACAGAACUCCGGUGGCCAACGUGGGAGCUCAUCAUUCCCGCAACAGCAGCAGCAUCAACCUUAUCCUUGGGGUUGGUAUGGUCAAGGUUGGCCCAUUCCACCUUGCCCAUUCCCAACUCAAGGUUGGGCCAGACCUCCUGUUCCUCAGCAGUGCCAGCCCAGUAUCUUGGGCCCAAGACCUCAGCAAGCCUAUGUUCAACAACACGCACCACUUAAUUUUGGGCAGCCCAUGUCGUAUGCUCCUACGGAUAUCGAGAAAGCAAUGCAUACUAUGUCUCUUCACUAA